AUGUUCUUCCCCAUCAGGGCCCUCGGCCUUGUCGGCCUGCUCGUCGGCGAUGCCCUCGCCGUGCCCACGACUACGCUCUUCAAGCGCCAGAGCAAUGUUGACAGCUUCAUUUCGACCGAGAGCCCUAUCGCUUAUGCUGGCGUCCUGGCCAACAUUGGCGACGACGGGGCCAAUGCUGCCGGCGCCGCGGCAGGUGUGGUCGUUGCGGGUCCGAGCAAGAGUGAUCCUGACUACUUCUACACCUGGACGCGUGAUGCGGCGCUUGUCUUCAAGGCCCUGGUUGAUCAGUUCAUUGCCGGCGAUACCUCGCUGCAGGAUGAGAUCCAGGAAUAUAUCAUCGCGCAGGCCAAGCUGCAGGGGAUCGACAACCCCUCCGGCGGCUUGUCUACGGGCGGUCUGGGCGAACCCAAAUUCAACGUCGACUUGACGCAGUUCACUGACGCUUGGGGAAGGCCGCAGAGGGAUGGCCCCCCUCUCCGCGCCACUGCCAUGAUUGCUUAUGCCCGGUGGUUGAUUGACAACGGCUACACCGAUACCGCCAGGGAUGUUGUUUGGCCGGUCAUCCGGAACGAUCUGUCUUACACCACCGAGUACUGGAACCAGACUGGCUUCGACCUUUGGGAGGAGGUCCAAGGCUCAUCCUUCUUCACCAUUGCCGCCUCUCACCGCGCUCUGGUUGAGGGCAGCACUCUGGCCUCGCAGCUCGGCGACAGCUGCGACUACUGUGACUCUCAGGCCCCGCUGGUCCUGUGCUUCCAGCAGAGCUUCUGGAACUCCAACGGCAACUACAUCGUCUCCAACAUCAACGUCAAUAAUGGGCGCACCGGGAAGGAUGCCAACUCGAUUCUGACGUCGAUCCACAACUUCGACCCCUCUGCGGCCUGUGACGAUGUCACAUUCCAGCCUUGCUCCUCGCGGGCGCUGGCGAACCACAAGGCCGUGACGGACUCUUUCCGGUCCAUCUACACCAUCAACUCGGGCAUCGCUGCGGGCAGUGCCGUCGCUGUCGGCAGAUACGCCGAAGACACCUACUACAACGGCAACCCCUGGUACCUCGCCACCCUCGCCGCCGCCGAGCAGCUCUACGACGCCCUCUACACCUGGACGCGCGAGGGCUCCCUCACCAUUGACGACGUCUCCCUCGCCUUCUUCCAAGACGUCUACCCCUCCGCCGCCGCCGGCACCUACGCCGCCAACUCGGACACCUUCGUCGCCAUCCUCAACGCGGUCAAGACGUACGCCGACGGCUACGUCGGCAUCGUCCAGGCCUACACCCCGGCCGACGGCUCGCUCGCCGAGCAGUUCUCGCGCGACGACGGCGCCCCGCUCUCGGCGCCCGACCUCACCUGGUCGUACGCCGCGUUCCUCACCGCCGCCGCCCGCCGCGACUCGGUCGUGCCCGCGUCGUGGAGCGCCGAGUCCGCCGACGACGUCCCCGCCGCCUGCGCCGCCGGCUCCGCGUCCGGCACCUACGCCUCCGCCACAAACACCGCCUUCCCCACCGGCAUCACCAGCAACCCGGGCUCUACCUCCACCGCCACCACCGGCCCGACCACCACCCCGACCACCACCACAACUCAACCCACCACCUCCUCCUCCACCAGCACAGCCUGCCCCACCGCCGUCGCCAUCACAUUCAACCUCCACGCCACCACCACCUUCGGCGAAUCCAUCCUCCUCGCCGGCAGCGUCCCCGCCCUCGGCUCGUGGGACCCCUCCGCCGCCAAGGCCCUCAGCGCCGACCGGUACACCAGCGCCGACAACCUGUGGUACGGCGUCGUGGAGCUGGCGCCCGGCGCGACCGUGGCGUACAAGUACGUGCGGCAGAGCAGUGAUGGGACCUAUACGUGGGAGAGCGAUCCGGAUCGCACGGUGAGCGUGCCGAGUUGUGUGGGGACGGGGGUGGUUGGGGAUGUGUGGAGGUAG